UGGAGAUGCUCUAACUGACAAGUCUAGACUUUUCUGCGAAGAAGCAAGAAGCCUAUUUUCAGGAACGCUGCCGGCCGGCCGGCAAAACCAACCGUCCGAGAAUGGCCGCCCCCGCCGCCGCCGCCGGAAGCAGCCUCUACAGCAAGACCCUCCUCAAGAGUGAGCAGCUCUACCAGUACAUACUGGAGUCCACGGUGUUCCCGCGCGAGCCCGACUGCCUCCGGGAGCUGCGCGUCGCCACCGCGACCCACCCCAUGGCCCGCAUGGCGGCGUCGCCGGACCAGGUGCAGCUGUUCGGCCUGCUGAUCGAGAUGCUCGGCGCCAGGAACGCCAUCGAGGUCGGCGUGUUCACCGGGUACUCGCUGCUCGCCACCGCGCUCGCCCUCCCCGACGACGGCAAGGUCGUGGCCAUUGACCUUAGCCGCGAGAGCUACGACGAGAUAGGGGCGCCGGUGGUGGAGAAGGCCGGGAUGGCGCACAAGGUCGACUUCCGCGUCGGGCUCGCGCUGCCGGUGCUGGAUCAGCUGGUCGCCGAGGUACGUGCGCCGCGCGUCCCCCUGCCUCCGUCCGUGCUCGCGCCCCUGUGUUGCAUGCAGCAGCGAGAUGACCGUGAGUUCAUGGCAUGGCCGUUGCAGGAUGGCAACCUGGGCAAGUUUGACUUCGCGUUCGUGGACGCGGACAAGGCCAACUUCCACCACUACCACGAGCGGCUGCUGCGGCUGGUCAGGGUCGGGGGCCUCAUCGCCUACGACAACACGCUGUGGGGCGGCUCCGUGGCCGCGCCGGACGACGAGGCGCUGUCGGAGCGCGACCGGGAGCUCGCAGGGAUCGCCAGGGCGUUUAACGCGGCGCUCACCGCCGACCGCCGCGUGCAGGUGUGCCAGCUCGCCAUCUCCGACGGGAUCAUGCUGUGCCGCCGCGUCGCGUGAUCGAUCGGCACGUGUGUGGUCGAUGUUGAUGUUGGUGCUCCGUUGGAGUCGAUCGGCACGUACUGGAUUGGUCUGAAUAAGAAUAAGCACUGUUGCAAUAGUGCUGAGCAUGAGCUGUGGAUAACGGGUUAGGGUGGAAUAAAUUGCAAAAAACCAUCAUAAUUGGGGAUCCUAAUUUAAAAAACCAUCAUCUUUCGUUUUCUUUUUCUUCAAAAACCCGUCGCAAUUGUGCUGACAGUUUUCAGAAAACACCGAUUGAUCAAUUAGAGUGGUUUCAGUGAAAA